AUGCCUUCUUCACCAACUGAAAAUGCGUCUUACCCGCUCAAACUCGAUCCGGGAGUACCGCGUCGUCAAAAGUCGGCACGUAGCUGCUGCAAAUGGACCGCGGUCAUCCUCGGACUUUUGAUAGUUCUGCUUGUUUGCGUGACAAUUCACAAGUUCGGCACCGCAUUUGUAGAUAAGGCGCGCCAUCCUCACAGGGCACUAUAUCGGAAUGGUUCGUUGGAGGAACAGGCGGUAGUGCGACCGCUGAUUGAUGACAAUCAGCAGUUCGACAUUGCUGUUUCUGUUUGGUUACGUGCGUCCAAGGAGGAGGAGGAGGAAUGGAGAAGAAGACUCUCUUCUACCAUAGAAGACGAAGAAUAUUUGGACAACAUCACUUUCCGAUUUCCUCUCGACAUGGGGAACAAAGUCAAGGAAAUCGUGUAUCAAGUGCUGCUCUACACCCCUCUCUAUUCCGAUAUCGCCUUCCGCAGAGUUAGUUUCAAGGAUAAAAAUGUAUUGGCCGACGUGAAAUUCCAAAUUCCUACCUCCAGAUUCCUAGAUAAAAACCUUACAACUUCAGACUUUAGAGGUACUUUCGUACUCAUCCCAAGCUCCAAGUCACUCCUGAAACACGUAACAAACUUUUCUUCCUGGAUGCCUGAUGCGGUUUAUGACAAUCUUCCGCCUGUCCGCCCUUGGCCGUAA